AUGCACGCGCCAAUACAUUGGCUGGUAUCGGUCUCCUCCAUCCUUGGCACCCCCACCCCCCAGGCUGCCACUGACAGAAAUGACACGAUCUCGCGCAUCGGCCUCUCCAUGGCCGUCCCGUCCACCAUCCCGUCAAAGCAACCAAGUCAUCACACCAGUCAAGUCUCAUGGAAAUUACAUUCGGCCAGAUAA